UCAUCCCAAACGGUUCUCGGUGAAAGAUUUAACGCUUCGAAGAGUUAACGAAAACUCCACGCCAAUCAAAUAGUGACGAGCUGUUUUCACGAAAUAAAUCCCAAAUACAAAUUCUAUAAGUUGGCUGGAAAGCAAAAAGCGAGAUUCGCAACCUCAUCAUCAUCGAUAGAUGGUUGGGAAUAAUAAUUUUAAAAAGAGCCUUGAUCGAAGUACAAAUUUAAAUGUCCGGCGGUAAUUUGAAAUAGAAUAGAAUAGUGCGGUGUGUUUCUAAAGUGCAUUUCAACUUUUUUCUCCUUCUGAUGUUAUUAAUUAUGCGAUUAUCAGUGGAAACGGUAUGGUGCUUACAAAAAAUUUCUCGAGGUCAUAAAAAAGAAAUUAUAAUAAUAAUUGCGCUCUAAUUAAAAUUUGGUCCAAAAUAACAAAAACCAAAAAAAAAAUUGCAUUGACAUUUUUAUUUGGAGCAAUAAAAGUUUUUAUUUAAAAUCUAUCUCUCAAGCUUAGAGUGUGUGUGCGGGUGCGGGUGUGAGUGUGCAUAUGUAUGCAUGUAUGAGUGUUUUUUAUACAUUCCGUUUGAACGAUUAACGGAAGCGUAGAGGGAAAAUAAUCGCCAAACAAUUACAAUCCAUUAUGGCCAAUCAUCAGCACCAAAGCGGCAACAACGUCACUCGCGUGCUUCUAACAUUUUACAUUGGAGCAUUUCUGUCGCCGCCAGGGAGAUCGUCAAUGUCAUGUAGUGCACAUCUGAUACACAUUGCCGAUGAGCAUCAUGAGUUUCGAUCAAGUGUCUUGGGGAGACCCCAUUUGCCUCCGCCUUUACCACCACCGCCGCCGCCACCACUCUCUCCGCCACAGAUGACCCAUAUCCCCGGAAGAGAGUUAACACCGGCUGAAUGUAUGGUAGAUCUUACAAAUGAUUUGGCCUAUCGCAUUCUCCACUAUCAUUCGAUCUUAAAUAGGAACAAUUUUGCAUUUUCGCCGACUGCUCUUAUGAGCGUUCUUGUUGCUCUUUACGAGGGUUCCACUGGAAGGAGUGCCACUGAAUUGAAGAGCGUCUUGCAGUUACCAAAUAAUAGGGAUAUUGUUCGAGUAGGAUAUCGCGACAUACAUCGACGACUAAGGACGUACUUUUUUGGUUCGGAUAACCCAUUAAAGGGUCUAAGUUUGAAUAAGGAAAACGUUACCAUAACACGCGACUUUGAGGCGAUUCUUAUGUUUUACGGUUAUGAUUUGGGCGUGGAUAUGAUGUCUUCAACGUCACCACCGCCAACAACUACUGCGGCUGCUAUGACACCAACGUCUACGACACCGGCGGCAGCAAUAGCAACGACUAUGACAUCGAGUGCUAAAAUAUCAACGGCUACGACUACGACGACGGCAACACCAACUACUACAACCCCAACUUUAAGCACUACUACAGCCAAAAUUGAGACAGAUACAACCACAACAACUAAAGCUUCAACUACGCAGGACACAACAACAAUGACAGAAGUACUUACCACCACGACUCCAACUGCCACCACUACAAUGACACCAGCGACAACGUCAACUACAACAACGAUGGAAACAACAACUAAUGAGCAAGUUACGACAACAACACUACCCACAAUUGCUACCACGUACCCGGUUACCAGCGAUACAGUGGAGACAUCCACUGAAAUUACCCAACCUUUAACGGAGGCAGUCAUUACAACCACAACGCCAGCAGAAGAUACAACUACGGAAACAACAACUGUUCCACCAACAGCCGCAACUGCCAAUGAAGCCGCCGAACUCAUAUCCUCCUUUGUGGCUGAAGAGAACUCGGAGCCAUUUUCACGAAUUCAACAGGCACGAGUCACUCGUCUACCAAACAGUAAACUGCAAGCCCCACGCUUAGCAAAAGUCCCCCAAUCCAAUUAUUUACCAUCACAGCGGAAUUCUAAGCAUCUAAGAAUAAAUAGAAGAAAACGUCACCUCUCGGGAUUCAAGGACUUUGAUUCGAAUCUUUUCGUUGGUUUACUUAAUGGCGAAUCGUAUUUGCACAAUUUAGCACCAGUUGCAGGAUUACACACUCCCCCGUCGGGCGCAUAUGUUCAGGUUUCCCAAGAAUUUGAAGUGGACACGGAUCCAAACUAUUUUAACUCCUCUCCGUCUGCCGCAAAACAAAACUACAACACAGACGUGAUUACGCACGUCUUCUAUCUGAGCAACCAGCAGGUAAUCUAUACCACCUUCAAAGUUUACAACGCAGUCUUGUAUUACAAAUAUUUUGAGCGUUUGCGCAUGAGCGUCUUGGAAUUGGAAUUGGAUACACCCAAUUACAAUUUGAUUAUUCUUCUCCCAGACUACAAUACGGAUUUAGUAGCAGCGGCGGCGUCUCUGCGUUCUGGGCCAAAAUUACGCUUUAUAAGGAAACAGCUAAGACCAAAAUGGGUGCAGGCCAUAAUACCGGAUUUUAAAUUGCAAGGAACCAUGUUCCUAACCAAUGACCUACAGAACUUGGGCGUUUACGACAUAUUUGAACCAAACCGUGCCGAUUUUCGUCCGAUGACAGAUGAAUCAGGGACCUAUGUAAAGCAUAUCGAGCAAUCCAUUAAUGUACACAUUCGAACCCAUCCCAUCAACCAACUGAGGCGUAACGCUGGAGCUCAGGCGCAACCAACGCAGAUAUCUGUUAAUCACCCGUUUAUGUUUUUCGUUAUCGAUCGAGAUUUGGAUGUUGCUGUAAUGACUGGACGUAUCUUAAAUCCACUUAAUGUUCGCAUUCAGUGAAGAUAGCCAGUUGAAUCCCAACAAAGACACACUUAUGCAUGAAGCCAUUGAUGCAUACCUAUCGUGUAAAUAUGUACAUACAUAGCUACAUACUAGUAAUGUUAACAAUAAACUAUAUUUUUGCGAUUACGCAAACUUAAAAGAA